AUGGGUUUCUCGACCGACUUGGACGUGCUCGAUCUGCUUCACGCGACAGUUCGGUCCUACAAGGGCGUAGGAUUGCUCCUCCUCGCACUGGUCAUUCUCACUCUGCUGAUCGAGGCAUACCGGACAGAUCUCCCUCGGAUCCCCGGCAUCCCCCAAGUCCCUUGCGCGCUCCCCUUUGUCGGCCAUCUGCAUCGGCUCGGAGGGAGGAUUGGCCAGAAUGACAGCACCGUCUUCACGCAAUGGGCCAAGGAUCUCAAGUCAUCUGUCUUCCAGUGUCUCUUGGGCAGCCAGAGGACCGUCGUCGUGUCGGACUGGCCGACAAUUCGAGAACUCUGGCUGAGGCAGUCCAAUGCCCUGAUUGACCGGCCUCACCAGCCUGGCUUCGUCGACAAGCUCGGUAUCGACCUGACAGGGUCGUGUAUGACGGAUCAGAUUCGCAAAUGCCGCGCGGCGGGAAUGCGAGCGUUGGCAAAGGUUGGUGACGCGCCCCUGGUCAUGACUGGUCAAAGGCCUUGGGAAUCCUCCUCCAUGCUGACCGGCGUCCAACAGCCAGCUUGGCCCAAGUACUAUCAUCUCAUCGAACCCUCGUCGGCACAAUUCAUCUCUUCCCUUCACCAGCGAUCAGACAAUGGCAAGACCCCCAUCGACACCUACGCCUUCCUGCGCCACAUUGUGUUUGACCUGGUCCUGUCGCUGACAUAUGGUGCCCGUUUCGGCAAGGUGGACGACGAUUUCACCCUGGGCCUGAUCAAAUCCAUCAAUGCCAUCUCGUCGUUCCGCUCGAGCACCAAGAAGUACCGCUUUUUCGUCCCCCUGCUGCGUCUGCUGCCAGAUCCCACCAGCCAGAUCGUGGCCGCGGAGAGGGCGCGCGCACGAUAUCGCGACAUUCUGUACAACCAAUACAAGGAUCGCAUUGCCCGCGGCGAAACCGUCGACUGCAUCGUCACCUCCCUGACCGAGGACAAGUUGACCGAGGAGGAGAUUCAUGGCACGUGUCUGGGGCUCCUCCAAGCCGCCCCGGACACCGUCGCUUCCGGCUUGUAUCAGGCCAUCGCCUGGCUCUCGUCCCCGGAAGGAAGACCCACUCAAGAACGGGCACUGACUGCCAUUCUCGACGCCUACGGUGGCGACCGGACAAAGGCAUGGAAGAACGCCUUUCGCGAGGAGAAGGUGCCACUCAUCAGCUCCAUCAACAAGGAGACCCUGCGCUUCUUCACCGUGACCCCGUACGCAACCCCACGCCGCACCACCGAGGACGUGACGCUACCCAAUGGUGUUGUUCUCCCCAAGGGCAUCACCCUGGUCAUGAACGCCCAGGAGGCCAACCACGAGGAGGCCCACUACGGCGCCGACGCCUGGACCUAUAAGCCGGACCGCUUCAUCACCAACGAAGCCGGAGGAGGACUGCCGCAUCUCACAUUCGGGGCAGGAAGCCGCAUCUGUCCGGCAGUGGCCAUCAGCAAUCGCAUCAUCUGUGCUCUGCUAACCCGACUGGUCCUGGCCUUUGAGAUGGAUGGUAGCGAGGACGAGGCGCGCCGGCCCAAUGUCGAUGCACUGGACUUCUCCAACGUCUACGACUCUUUAGUGGCACACCCAAGAUUCUAUGACUGUCGGUUCAAGGCACGAGACCCGGACUGGCUGGAGAACGAGUUGGCCGAUGAGCUCGCUGCUUCGGCCGACUAG